AUGCAAGCCAUAUUAAAGAGUUACCUUCCAGGCGAUGACCUAACUCCGGAAACCCUUCAUUCUCUCGCGCAGCAAUGCCGUCAUCAAAAGACCGCUACACCGCAGCCAAAUCCCUUUUCCAUAGCUACACAGCCAGUCGCCCCAUCGACUCCUAUUUCGGUGUCUGCAUUUGGUGUACCUAGUCCUCGAGAGAAUACGCUGAAGACACCGGAUGAGAAUUUUCAGGAAAGCUCUGAUCCUGAGCCAAACCCGGAGGACACCGUGUUGCAGGAUGCUGUUUGCUUCCAUCAAAAGCUAGGAUGUUUGCUAGCAGAUUCUCUUGGUGAAUACCGCUAUAUGGGACCCGAAUCGGGACUGUCCUUCAAUGCUGCCAUUCGACGCCUCACGGGCGAUGAGAUGUACACACCAGAAUCACCGGAUGUUAUUCCCGGCAUGGUUACAGUCGCCAUGCCUCUUCCAAGUCCUCGAUCUCAGCAAAACAUCAUGGGCUUGCCCCCUUUGGAAGAAUGUCAGACAUCUAUCAUGCGCUAUUUUGAGGAGGUUCAUUGUCUCUACUGGCUUUUCUCUUCAGACAGGUUCCACAUUCAGCUAGAAAAGACGUAUCAGACCCCUCUUGAAAACCUAUCCGCCUCCUGGUUAGGUUCACUCUACUCAAUCUUAGCGAUCGUUUACGUUGAAACCAAUGGCUUGGAUGGCCAUACAACAGCAACGGAGUACCUGGAACAUGCAAAGUCAUAUGUUCCAGCGGUGUGUGAUGAAGGGACACUCGAUAGCGUUCGAGCCAUGGUAAUCUUGAUACUACCACUUGGCUCCCAUACCCCUCCAGACUAUUUGGCCGCUUGUAGCAGUCUUAGUCAGUUGGCAAAAACUGCACGCAACCAUGUUUACAAUAGGCCCUUUCUAAGUGGCCAGCGAUUGGAGAUGAAAGUGAUCACAAAAGCCAUGUCCUCUUUACAAGAAUGGGCAGACGCUCUUCCCCCUCAUCUCAGAAUUUCCGACAUGAUAGCCCCACGCCUCUUCUGCAGGCCUAUCGCAAUCCUCCAUUUGAGGUAUCACGGUGUCCGACUACUCAUAACACGGCCUUUUCUUCUCUAUGAUGUCAUAUGCCAGAAGACCAUGUACGGAAGGGGUAAACUGCAAGCUCUUGAACCACUGAGCGCUCUCUGUGUGAGUUCUGCAGAGAACAUGCUAUCAAUCCUGGUGGAGAUGGUCGCCGAGGGUACCUUUUCGAGGUUGGUUGCUUUGGACUUUCUUUUUGCCUUGGAUGUUCUGCAGGUUUUACUUUCAGCAUUCGCCCUCUCAAAAGGGGACAAGGAACUAGCCAAUGUACGGAAAUGUCUCCAGGUAAUCCAGGCUAUUGGAACUGCAGGGUAUGGUGAAAAGAUGAUUUCAGAGGUGAUAUUUGAAUUGGUGCAAUGGGGGAUGAUCCCAAACAAUUCUGCUCCUUCACAUUCUGAGCAAAGUGGAGAGAUAUCUGUGACGGGGUUCGAUGCUUUGAACGACACUUAUAAUUUUCUGUUCGGGACAUCUGACACUACAAUUGAUCUUAGUUCAUUCCCGAUGUUCUCAGGAUUAGAUCUUCCUAUUCAAAUGGGUGCUGAUCUGACCAGAUUGGAAUAUGAAACUUCUUUACAUUAA